AUGCUAACAGACAAGACAUCGCGCACUGGGCGCGCCCUCUUACGCACCAGGCUCAUCGGCUUAUCCUGGACCUCCGCCAUCCUGACCUUGGUAUACGUAGCAGCUCAGCUCAUCCUGCUUGUGUUCGUAGCUGUCCGUAGCGCUGUCUCUAAAACAUCGUCCCGGACAGUACACGAAGUCUCCGCGGACUGGCUCAGUCUCCUCAUACCAGAAUUCGGCAAACAGUGCAACGACAUCACAGCAAUAUACGCGGUAAUCGUCAUUGCCGCACUCUUGCUCAUCAGGCCCGACAGGCUGUGGCCGAAGAGUUUCUGGGUGCUGCAGAUUGUCACGCUCUGCGCGCUGAGCCUCUGCAUGCACCUGGACCAGGAGACUUGGGCCGAUGGAAGCAACCAAGGUCUUCUAGUGGCUGGCUUGUUUGUCGCACGCACUUUUGUCACCGCGCUCGUGGUCAAUACGCCGGGCUGGGACGUCUCGUGUAUGGGCACGUAUGAGGACUGGUUUGUUCAUCCGUAUGUCGCUGAUAGUAUCCGCACUCAGAUAACUGGCACGGCUGUAGAUUCAAACCUACAAACACUGCGGAGGUACUUCAAUCAGCCAUACGACCGUACCAUGCGCAUACGCACUGUCCUCACUCGCCGGUCCUACAUCCAAGUCGCCGAGCAAUUUAUCCGUAUGAUGUAUCUUUAUCGCCACCUGGACUCGUCUAGCACGGCUGCAUACGAGCUGGUUAGACUUGUUGCAAUAGCCAUCGGGCUCCAAGCGUCGCAUUACACUUUUCUGCGGUAUGCGACACGCAAGGCGUUCAAGUAUGAUGCUAAAGAGGGCCGAAUAAUGGCAUGGUAUGAUCCCCCGCAGAUUAAGCGUCACCAAGGAAUUAUAAAGCUUCUUUCUGGUGAGGAGACGUCGCUGGGUCAUAAUGCUGACGACAUGGUACCGGAGAUGAAUGAGGCGGCUGAGUACAUGUCUGAGAAGGGAUAUGUUGAAGAGAAGAUCGGGUAUGACGCAGUAUAG